UUGUUUUUAGCGUAUAAAUGUCUGAUGUCAUAGAUAGUCUACAAGCCACGCUGAACUGCGCUGGGUUGGCGUAUCUUGCGUUAUAAUCGUCGGGUAAUCGGGUUAAUUUCUUGGAAUGUUGUUAUUGUUGUUUUGUGCGUACUUGCCGGGUGUCAGUAAUGAAGUUGUGCUGCGGGGCUAUGCUGCUAUGAAGUUGAAGUUGCUAAGUCAUGGUGAUGUAGAAAUCGCGCAGCGCGCAUAUAAUGCAUCUACUGUGAUGUGAAUGCCCCACGUCAAUGCGAAACGCGCAGCGUUCAGGCGCACACAGCACAGGAGCCAGCUUCAAACAAGACAAACAGAAGCCGCCAGAUCAUCCCUGAUGUCAUCUAUCUUGGACGUGGUGGAUUUAGAGGACAAAAAGUGAAGAAUUGCCAACCAAUGAUUCAUUCCUGAACUCCAGAACUAGAAGCCCAACACCAAAGGACCAAGCUGGAAUCUCAUGGACUAAAUCAGGAAUAUCUGCUCUAAAGAUGGAACCUCUGGACUAAACUAGAAUUCCAUGGACUAAAUAGGAAUAGUUCUUAAACCAGGAAUAUCAGGACCAAAAGCUGAAAUAUCACAGACUAAUUUAGGCAUUUCUGGACUAAAAUUGAAUUCUCUGGACUGAAUAUGGAAUUGCUGGGCUGAACUAGAAGUCUUUGGGUGAAAUCAGUAAUCUCAGCGACAUGACUGUUUUUCUCUGUGAUAUCUGACUGACUAGCGUUGAGGAUGUGUGUGUUGUAACAGGCUAGUCACUAGAUAGCUAUGCUAGAGAGGUGAACAUAUUAUCAACACAUUGACUCUGGAGGAAAUACUGCCAAUAGUGAUGGAUGGAAGUUAUAAUCAUCAAAUCGGACAAACGGAGGGGAUGUUGUGCCCCAGGAAGAAGCGCCUCACUAGGGAUGCAGAUUUCUCUGCCAUCGCGGUGCCGUCGAUGCGGGGGUCUGGGUACCUGGACUACACCAUAGAGACCCACCCCUCCAGAGCCCUGCAGGCCAUGGAGGACUUCAGAAGGCACGAGAUGCUGUGUGACAUCACCCUACACGUCACCUAUAAGGACACGACCGUUGACUUCAAGGUGCAUAAAGUGGUGCUGGCGUCCUGCAGCCCAUACUUCAAAGCCAUGUUCACCAGCAGCUUUAAGGAGUGCCACGCCUCCGAGGUGACGCUACGUGAUGUCUGCCCCUUGGUGGUAGGGAGGCUCAUUGACUUUGCCUACACCUCACGCAUCACCGUGGGGGAGAAGUGUGUGCUCCACCUCCUACUGGCCGCUAUGAGGUACCAGAUAGAAGACGUGGCUAAGGCUUGCUGUGACUACCUCACUAAAAACUUGGAGCCUGCCAACGUGAUCGGCAUCGCUCGGUUCGCUGAGGAGAUUGGCUGCACCGAGCUGCACCUGAGGAGCCGCGAGUACAUCAACACACACUUCAACGAGGUAACCAAAGAGGAGGAGUUCUUCAGUCUGUCUCACUGUCAGCUGUUGGAGCUCAUCAGCCAGGACAGCCUCAAGGUGCUCUGUGAGUCAGAGGUGUACAAGGCUUGUACAGACUGGGUACGAUGGGACGUGGAGAGCAGAGCUCCGUAUCUCCACGCCCUCCUCAAUGCUCUCCACGUCUACGCUCUGCCUCCCAAGUUCAUCAAGAUACAGCUCCAGUCCUGCCCCAUCCUCAGCAAGGCCAACUCCUGUAGAGACUUCCUGUCUAAGAUAUUCCAGGAAAUGGCGUUGAGGAAGCCCCUCCCCCCUGCGCCUCACCGUGGAACACAGCUUAUCUACGUAGCCGGAGGGUAUCGGCAGCACUCUCUGUCUUCUAUGGAGGCCUAUGACCCUGGUAGGAACAUCUGGCUGAAGCUAGCUGACAUGGGCUCUCCCUGCAGUGGCCUGGGCUCCUGUGUGCUGUUUGGCCUGCUCUACACGGUGGGAGGCAGGAACCUGUCCCUACAGAACAACACUGAGUCCAGUUCCCUGUGCUGCUACAACCCCAUGACCAAUCAGUGGAGCCAGCACGCCUCCCUCAACACCCCCAGGAACAGGGUGGGGGUGGCUGUGGUGGACGGGAGCAUUUACGCCGUGGGGGGGUCCCAGGGGUCCACACAUCAUAACACUGUGGAGAGGUAUGACCCAGAGGCGAACCGCUGGGUGUUUGUGAGCCCCAUGUCAGUAGCCCGUCUGGGGGCGGGAGUAGCAGGUUGCGAGGGGUCUCUGUAUGUGGUGGGGGGGUUCGACGGCCAGAACCGCUGGAACACAGCAGAGAGGUUCCACCCCGAUUCCAACACCUGGCACCAACUCGCCCCCAUGACCACUGUACGCAGUGGACUAGGUGUGGUGUGUGUGGACUCAUACCUGUAUGCAGUAGGAGGGUAUGACGGUCAUACCCAGCUCAGCUCCAUGGAGAGGUACAGUGUAACCAGAGAUGUGUGGGAGCCAGUGGCCUCCAUGCAGCACUGCCGCAGCGCUCACGGGGUCACCAUCUACCAGGGACGCAUCUUCAUACUGGGUGGUUUUAACUCCACAGGGUUUCUGUCCAGUGUUGAGAGUUACUGCCCUGACACCAACCAGUGGACGUCCAUCACCAACAUGUUGCUAGGACGCAGCGGAAUGGCCGUCGCAGUAACAAUGGAGCCCUGCCCCGGCAACCUGCCCGAGGAGGAAGAAGAAGAGGAAGUGACAUAGAGUUAGAGCGAGGAGACAUGACUCAUCAUAACUCUUUUUAUAUUUGACUCAACAUGGCGGCAGAGCAGGACUUGUUGCAGUAGAAUUAGAAUGAGUAGAAAGUACAAAGCUCUUAGAUCACUUUUAUCCAAAGCCACAAAGUUUGCAUUAAUCAGGAAUGUCUGUUCUGAUCAUUCUAAUUUUAUGUGGAGUCAGUAGGAAGUGGACCAGGGGGAGGAAGUGACCUCACAAUAACUUCAAAGUGACCUCACCAUUAUUAGGGUGCUACAGACAAAGAGUUAGGAAUUAGAAUACUAGAAUGGGCAUGAACCUUCGUAUGAUGCCAUUAUAAGACACAUUGCCUGAAUCACUAAAUGGGCUGUCACUCCCAAACAGAAGACAAUUGCAUUGGUAACAAUUUAUUUUUAAAUCUAUCAACUUAAAUUUAAGGAACACCUAACUUUACAAGACUGACAUUACAUAUUUCGACAACAGCAGCCAUUACACAUUCCAAGGGUACAUCAUGAGGUUAGAGUAAGAUCUUUCGGCUACAAAGACCCAACUGACUGGAAUCACAGUGAAUUUAAGAGCCAUUUUUCAAAUGUUAAGAACAAACAGUUUGUGUUUUUAACCAGCUAAUAGAAACAUCACCAUGUGAAGAAAUUUGUAUGUAAACUCAUCAAAAAAAGAAACGUCCCUUUUUCAAGACUCUGUCUUUCAAAGAUAAUUCGUAAAAAUCCAAAUAACUUCACAGAUCUCCAUUGUUAAAGGGUUUAAACACUGUUUCCC